UGGUUCGGUGGUCAAUUACAAAGGAAUUAUAAUUGGUGGUUUAUAAUCUUCUCCCUAUCAAUCACACGACUUUUUAAGAUACUUGAUCUAAAUUAUUGAGGAAUAACAGUAUAGUAAAGUUAUUACAGAUAAUAUUUCAGUCUUUCCAGCGGAUACACAAAUCUUAUUGAUAACAAUCUGAUUGUUGAAGUUAAAAUGGGAUUUUCCACAAAUAAAGUUAAAGUCAAACAAGGAACUGUGAUUGGUGGUGAAGAUGUUCUUCCGAAUGGCAAUCGAUAUUAUUACUUUAGAGGAGUUCCCUAUGCCGUUCCACCACUAGGAACUCUGAGAUUUAAGGCUCCAGUGCCACUUGAAAAGUUUUCUACCCCAGAGCUGAAUUGCAUUAGCGAAGGUCCAAUGUCAAUACAACAGGAUAGAGUAACAGGCAAAUUAUAUGCAGGAUCAGAAGAUUGUCUUUAUCUUAACGUAUACACGCCCAAAACUGAUUCCAAAGCACCAUUGCCAGUGAUGGUUUAUUUACAUGGAGGUGGUUUUAUAACAGGAAAUGGAAACAGUGACAAGCACAAUCCUCUUUACUUGUUACAAGAAGGAACGAUUGUAGUCACAUCCAACUACCGUCUUGGAGUUCUUGGAUUUCUUUCCCUCCCUGAGGCUGGAAUUCCUGGAAAUGCUGGACUUAAGGAUCAGGUACUUGUCAUGAAAUGGGUUAAGGAAAAUAUAUCCCAGUUCAAUGGAGAUCCAGAUAAUAUUACUAUUUGUGGUCACAGCACUGGAAGUUCAUGUGUACAUAUUCAUCUGUUCUCAGACAUUUCAAAAGGUCUAUACCACAAAGGUAUUAUGCAAAGUGGAGUUUUUAAUAUGGAUGGGAUGCUGUAUAGUGAUGAACCCUCAAAGAAUGGUUGGCGAACGAAGUAUUUAGCUCAUUUGGUUGGUUGCAAUUCAAAUGAUCCACAUGAAAUUUUAAAGUUUCUACAGAAUUUUAACAAUUUAGAAGAGUUUGUCAAUCCCAUGGUGAAAUCAGGUUCUCCCCACAUGAACGAAUUGAUGCCAAUAAGACCCGUUAUUGAAGAACAAAGUCCAGAGGCGGUUAUUACAAGAAAACUGUUUCAGGCAAUGAGCGAGCUCAAUUAUGUUCAAGUUCCUCUUUUAAUGGGCUACACGAAUGCAGAAGGCCUUGGUUAUAUUUCGAGAUAUGGAGAAAACUUAAAAGAUUUUCAUAACGACUUUUCUCAGUUCAUUCCUGAAAGCGUUAAACUUAUCCUUGAUAAUUCAGAAAGAAUCGAGCUAGCAAACUCAAUUAGGAAGUUUUAUUUUCAAGAAAGCAAAGUUGACGAUAAAACUAUAUAUCCUUUAGUUGAUCUUAUAAGUGAUUAUAUGUUCAUUUCAAAUAUUCGAGAAGCUGCCGAACUUCAUACCAAAUUUCAACAUAAAUCGCCAUUAUAUUUUUAUCGGUUUGAUUUUGAUGGCCAAUUGAAUUUGUAUAAGAGAAAAUUCAAAGUUGACCAUUUAAAAGGUGCUAGUCAUGUUGAUGAGCUUAGUUAUGUCUUUCAAAUGGAAUUCGGACCACCAGAGCCAUGGGAAGAGGACGCACACAAAAUGGUUCGGACAAUGUGUAAAAUGUGGGGGAAUUUCUGUAAAUAUAGUAAUCCCACACCGAUAGUCGAUGACGAAUUUAAUGGUUGUGUUUGGGAGCCUGUGGAGAAAGUUAACGAUUGGGAACAUUUAAAAAUCAAGGUCCUGAUAUUUGAUAAGGAACUGAAAAUGCUGGAGAAUCCUGAUGAAGAACGUAUGACAUUUUGGAAAAACCUAAAAAAUAAUCAUAAAUAAAUACAAACCUUUUUUUUAAAAAAAA